AUGCACGGGAAGCGGGCUGGGCGGACGGAAGCCGGCGGCCGCGAUGGCGAUUCGGAAGGAGGCUCCCGGCCAGAAGCUGGGGCCCUGGAUUCAGCAGAUCGGCAGGCACUUUGGUCCGAUGCAGCAUCCUUUCUGUCGGCCCAGUCGUUGGCGGAUAAUGUGCUGCACAGCCGAGCACCCAUCCUGCUUAGCGAGCUUUCGCGGAUGCUGGCGACCAGCGAUUUCCAAGGAUCUUCAAGCACGGCCCUUGGCGCGAUUUCGGCCCUGAGGGUCUUGGCGGACCGAGACUCAAGUGCCUUGAAGGCGGCCUUCCAACCCUGGGCCCCUCCCUUGUGGCAACUGAUGCUUGCCAUGCCUGCCAGUGGUGAUGAACUUGACACUGAUGCGUGUCUGCGGCUGCGGCGAGAAGCCCAAGACUGUGUCAGCCACCUGCUCCCCACCCUGUGCUCUCCAUCCUUUUCGCCAGCCCUCCCCAAAUCUCUGGCCCGGGUCCUUUUUCGUGACUUGAUUGACAGGAUGCAGAAGAUGACGAUGGGGGUGAUGGAUCUGGAGGCAGGGCUCCGACCUCAGGGCGUGCGGCUUGCACAGGAUGCAAUCGCAGCUUGGUCCCUGUUUACUGUGCAGCUAGGGGUCGCAUUUCUUAAAGUCUCCAAGCUUGGGGAGCGGAUGCUGAAUGUGGUGCGGCGAACGUUCACCCACUGUGAGGAACAGCUUGCCAUCUCCACCUUCCACGCCUGGCAUCGCCUGGUGGACAGUUUUGUGGCUUGCAGCAUGUUGGCCAGGCACUGGAGGGUGCUGUGCCAGCCCAUUACCCAUUCCCUCCAAUAUGACUCACGUUGGUCAGUUAAACAGGCAGCGCUAGUCUGCUGGCUGCACCUGGUCCGGCAGCUAGGCAUGCUUCCAGAAGGCGGCCUUGACAAUGCCAACGUAUUCAGCCGCACUGUGCCACCGAUUCUGGAGCUCCUUGUCCAGACUUGCACGGCUGAGGAGGGAAAAGACAAGACAGGAAAAACAGAUGCUGCUGCAUCACCGUCGCUGCUAUACAAAAUCAUGCCACAGGUGUUCGACACAUUCACAUCCUUGGCCACUCCACAGACGGUGCCAUUGUUUGCUGGUGCUUUUGCCGAUCACGUCAUCGACGGCUUAAAAGACGAUCCGCCUGUAUACGCUGCUGCCCUCCAACUCUGCAGCCCCCUGCUCGCUCGUUUUACGAUUUGCCUUCAGUCGCCAGACUAUUGCAGCACCAAAACGAGUUGGAGGAGCGUCCUGAGGCUAUGGCAGUCCGUAAUGAACGGCCUGCGCCGCACGGAGGACCCAUCCUUGGGCACGAUCGAUGCCCUGGCGACAGGCAUCAAUGUGGCGCUUCGAACCUUGCCAACCUGCGAACCGAACUCAGAUCCGCAUGAAUCUCAUAAGGAGAAGUGUGGCGGCGCCAUGGACGGCAACGCAUGGUGCCCAGGCCUCGAAGACAAGGAAAAUCGUGACAACCAUGUAGCACAUCAGGUUCACUGCAAUGGGUUGGUGCAUCGGCUGGAGUGCUUGCCAAGAGAGCUGGAACGGGCAAGAGAGGCGAUCGAACGGCUUGAGGAGCCAGUUGGGGCUGCCAACGAUGGGGCCUUAACAGUGAUUGCUGACAAGGAGCCUGGAGGCGUGAGAAAGCGGAAAACCAAUAUACACCAUGGCGUGGAUCGCGACAAUGCUCCUGGGCCGUGCUGCAGGAGAAAGGUAGCAGACCACCCAGCGGGAGGCUGGAGGCCAGCGGCGUCCAGCAUGUGCCCCCCCGCAGGGACAUCAAACGCACCGCAGGCACAGACGGUGGUGUUGCAAGGAAGUGGGCGCCAUGAGGAGGAGGAGCUGCGAUCUCGUGCCCAUGAUGGAGAUGCGUUGCGAUUUUGUCAACAUGUUCAACGUGGAGCUGACGAUCCUCUGUCCGCCCGGGACGUCGCCGAGCUCGAAGUCAAUCAAACCGAGGAAGAUGCCCUGAAACUGCAGGGAAGUGCCACGAAGCUGCGCGGAAGCACUACGAAGGUGUCAGCAGCUGGCUCGACGCCUCUGACAGGAGCAACCGAAAGGGUGCACCCAGCUGGCAGCGCUCCCUCGCCGCCACAUUUGUUGGGCGGAAGCUGCAUGGCGAACCCUGAUUUGAGUUCAAGGGGGCUUGCGCAUGAUGAGUCAUGUGGCAGGGGCCGGGCUGAAUAUGAGCCGGGGGCCGCACCAACCCUGGCCUACGGUGCGAAAGAGUUUGUGUUGGCGAUUCGAAAACUGGCGGAGGGCAUCGCAUCCAGCGGCGCAGGGGCAACCGAGUUGUGGGCAAUGCACGACGAGGCCACACUUCUGCAAAGGAGCAUUGAGCGCCAAUUGAGGAGGCUCUGA